GACAUUUCACAUUUGACACUUGACAGAUAAAACAAAUCUUUUGUUUUUCUUUUAACUCGAUUUUGCAAAAAUAAAAAAGUCUUCAAAUACAGCCUUUUGAUAGCUUUAAAAUGCAAGAAUUUGAAACAAAAAGAAAUGCAUUAUUUGCCAGUCUUGAUAUAGCUGGUAAAGAUUUAAAAGGAACAAUUCUUGAUCAAACCGGACCCGAGUCUCACACAGUGAAUUUGCUUAAACGUUGUGCUCCUGCGGAGGAAAUCUCCUCCGAUCGCACUCUGACUAAACUUCGUGGAAAAGAAAGUAUUUUCAAGAAACCCGAAUUACCAAUUGCUAAAUGUUUAAAACCUCGAGUUGCACCAGAUUAUCAGGUUAAUCCACAUAAAUGGAAGAAAUAUUCUUUAGCUGAUGUGGAUCUAUCAUCUGAUCAUACAAACACCGCUGCAGCACUUUCUUUUCUCAAAGAAAUUGAAUCUAUAAAAGAUUCAGAUGAAUCGGAAGAAGCAAGUUCUGGUAAAAUUUCGUUUAACAAAUCGGUUAAAGCUAAACGAAGCAUACGAGUUUCUGGAGAAAUUGAUGAUGAGGAGGUAGAUAGGCCUAAAUUAAAGGGUUCCAAAUUGGUAAUGCCCGAGUAUGUGGUUGGUCAGAAGGCCGAAAAGGACAAACGAAAGAAAAGAUCUCCAAAUAAGGUUGAGAAAAGUUCACAAUUGACUUUGUCACAUCUUCAAGAAGAUGAAGAUGAGGAUUAAAGUUAUAAAGUUUCUCAUAAACAUACCAUGUUCAGAAUUGGUAUAGAAUAGAUUAAGAAACAGAACAUUAUAAGAAUUGAAAUGUAAUAUUUAGAAUGUAAGUGCACUUUUACUAGAAUAAACGUUUAAGAUAAUGAAA